AUGAUGAAUACACACGGCGGCGAGAUAAGUGGCGUCGUCGCCAUCGACGGGCCUCUUAUCAGCGUCGCGGCGCUCGGCGGGCGGCGGGACCGAUGCGAACAGUCGCCGUCCGACCUCCGGCGCUCGGACCGCCGUCCGCCACCACCCACCGUCGGACAGUCGGUGCCACCGUCGCGCGAGUGUUCACCACCGGUGCGUGAAGUGCGAGUGACCGCGAACAGAAACGACAGGCUAAGAUUCCAA